AUGGUGACCUUGUUCCAACUCGGUUUGAUAUUAUUUAUCUGUCUGGGCAGCUUGACCUACGGGUACGGCAGCAGCAUCAUUGCGACCACGCUCGGGCAGCCGACGUUCAUUGACUACUUUGAUCUCGACAAGCGCUCAAACGCAAAUGCCUUGAUCGGGGCGAUCAACGGCCUGUUCCAGGCUGGUGGCCUGUUUGGCGCCAUCUCCGUGCUUUGGAUCCCAGACAGAUUCGGCCGCCGAAUGGCGAUCUUCGUCGGCGGUGUGUUUUGUGUCGUUGGAGGAGCUCUCCAGGCUGGUAGCGUCCACAUCGGCAUGUUCCUCGUGGCGAGAUUCUUGUCUGGCUAUGGGAUCGGCUCACUAGUCACUCUGACACCACUCUACCAGAGCGAGGUGUCGCCGACCAACAUCAGAGGUCUGCUUGUAGGAAUGCACGGCGUCAUGCUCUGCGUCGGCUACACGCUUGCCAGCUGGGUUGGUCUCGGCUUCUACUUCGUUCAGGGAACUUACAGCCAAUGGCGGGGACCCCUGGCCAUCCAGGUCCUCUUUCCCUUGCUGCUCUGUAUGGGUGUCUUCUUUGUCCCCGAAUCACCUCGCUGGCUGCUCGUGCAAGACGACCACGGCAAGGCCCAAACUGAGUUCAACAAAAUCCAUUCCGAUCUGAAGAACCCCACUCAACAAAAGGUCCUCCAAGACGAGUUCCUCCUUCUUCGAGCCCAGGUCUCUCAGGAACUCAAGAACCGGGUUCCGUUAUUGGACUUCUUUCGGCAAAAGUCUCUCCGCAAGCGAUGCAUAAUUGGGUGGCUCACCUUUUUCGCGGGCCAGGGCACAGCGACAUUGGUCAUAAACAACUACGGACCAUCUCUUUACGCCAGCUUAGGCUUUAAUACUGUGCAGCAGCUUCUAAUCCAGUGCGGAUGGAUUAGUGUUUGUCCUUUUGCCAACUUUGUCAACUCUCUUAUCGUAGACCGAGUCGGCCGCACCAGGCUCCUGAUGUUCGGUCUCGGUGGAUCUGUCGUAGCACUGAUCGGCGAGUGCAUUACAGUGGACAUCUUCCAGAAGAAUGGGAGCCGGAGUGUCGCUGGUGCUGCCGUCUUCUUCCUAUUCCUGCACAUCCUCUGCUUCGGAUUGUCGUACGACGCAACAAGCUAUGUCUACGGCAGCGAGAUCUUCCCGAAUCCGGUUCGAGCACGUGGACUCGGCAUCUCGGUCACAGGCUUGUUUGUGGCUACCAUUAUCUUCCUCCAGUGCGCCCCGACCGCUUUUGCAGAUAUCGGCUGGAAAUACUAUACCGUGUUUAUUGCCCUGAGCACGGUCAUGAUAUUUGUUGUUGGCUUCUAUUUCCCAGAGACCAACGGAAAAUCCCUUGAGGACAUAGCCGAGGUCUUUGGCGACGAGAUUGCUCUGGAAGAUGAGAACCUGGAGAACAUCCAUCGGCAAUUCAAGAUGACCAACUACAAUGAGGGCUUGCUGGUUGAUUUGAUGGAUAGGGAGAAGGUUGCUGGCACGAAUGAGGCUUAA